AUGAGUUACUUCCUGACCCAGAAGAAAGAGGAGCUGGAUUUAGAUGUCCUUGAAGCAGAGGCUCUAUCUGCCGUUCUGGGUGUUGGGGAUCUUGGUUCCCAGAAGGAUGAAAGGAGGCAAGCCACAAGAGAGGAGCAAGAAAGAGCUGAGGCUGAAUUGAGAAACCAUGCAUACCAGUCAGCCUGUGCAAAAGCUAAUGAGGUGGCACAAAACGAUGUAUUACUGGAAGAGAUAAUUGGAAGCAGUUUUGGAUUAGCUUCAAGCAGCUCUACGGAUCCGAUCAUAAAAAUAUCUGAAAUCGCAGAAAGACUGAUAAUUGCUCCAGCAAUGACGAAAUCCACAUUGUUGGUUAAAGGCAAAUUUAGAAUGGUUGAUUUUCAUCAAUCAUUCCAUUACAUGUCAUGCGAGAAUUGCAAUAAAGCAAUUGGCUACGAGCGCGGCGAAAACUUCAUAUGUUAUAGUUGCAAGAACAUGACAAUUGCACAGCCAAGGUGUCUAGUUUGCUUAGAUGUGUAUGAUGACAGCACAUUGACACCAGUGGCUAUUUUUGGGUCUUUGGCAAAGCAAAUUUUGGGAUGCAUAACGAUUAAUCUUAUAGAACAUAGAGGCAAGGAUCAGGUGUCUUGCCAUACACUCGCGAAGGGGCCUAAAGUUGGACGUUUAUUUCCUCUACGUUUUUCCCUUCCUGCUGUUAUUUCGUUUGCUUGUAACACUGUGAACAAUAAGUGUGAAGUGUGGCACAAACGGUUGGGUCCUCCUAAUUCUAUUGUUUUAUCCCAUGUAAUAAAUUAUGGUUUGUUGGGCAAUAAAGAUAACUUUUCUUCUCAUCUUUCUUUUGAUUGCUCUACAUGCAAAUUAGGUAAAAGUAAGUCUCUUUCUUUUCCUUCUCAUGGUAGUCAUACUGAACGUUGUUUCGAUUUGAUUCAUAGUGAUGUGUGGGGCAUUUCUCCUGUUAUCUCACAUGCCAAUUAUAAAUACGUUGUUACUUUCAUUGAUGAUUAUAUGAAGUAUACCUAGAUUUAUUUUCUUUAUUCUAAAUCUAAAGUCUUCUCUGUUUUCCAACAAUUCACUGCUUAUGUUAAGACUCAAUUUUCUUCUCGCAUUUCUCGUCGUGUUGUUUUCUUUGAAAAUUAGUCAUUCUUUUAUUCUCAUGUUGAGUCUUUGCUUGCGAUGCAUGUCUUGCCUAAUUUUGAUAACUUGGCUUCUUCUCCUGUUCGCUUCAAACCUGGUCUUGUCUAUGAAAGACGCCACCCUACUUUGCCCCUUCCUGAGCCUAAUCCGCCAUCUGAGCCUGCUCCGACUGAAUCUUCUACAAGUGAUCUGGACACUCUCACAGUUCCUCAUUGUUCGACUAGAGUGUCUCAUCCGCCUGAUCGGUAUGGUUUCUCCCAUACCUCUCUUCAUACUACUUUGUCUUCCAUUCCCAUUCCGUUAGGAUAUUCUGAGGCAGCUAAACAUGAUUGCUGGCGUGUGGCGAUGGCCAACGAACUUUGAGCCCUUCAGGAUAAUCAUACAUGGAAUGUUGUCCGUUGUCCUGCUCAGGUGAAAGCUAUUGGUUGCAAAUGGGUUUAUUCUAUCAAGUUGCAUUCUGAUGGGACUCUGGAUCGGUAUAAGGCCCGGUUGGUUGCACUUGGCAAUAGGCAAGAGUAUGGGGUGGACUAUGAGGAGACUUUUGCUCCAGUGGCCAAGAUGACUACGGUGCGGACUAUACUUUCUGUUGUUGCCUCUCAAGGUUGGUUUCUUCAUCAAAUGGAUGUCAAAAAUGCCUUUCUUCAUGGCGAUCUUAAAGAAGAGAUAUACAUGACCAUUCCACCUGGUUUGUCCUCUUCUUCUCCAUCGGAUGUCUGUAAGUUGAAACGCUCGUUAUAUGGGUUGAAACAAGCUCCUUGAGCAGGGUUUGAUAAAUUACGCUCUACUUUGCUUCAAUUUUCUUUUAAGUAGAGUCAAUAUGACUCUUCUUUAUUUUUCUGUAAUACAUCGAUUGGCAUUGUUCUUCUUCUGGUUUAUGUUGGUGAUAUUGUUAUUACUAGGACCGAUUCACCCAACUGCAGCAGCAUCUUCAAGCCUCCUUUCAUAUGAAGGAUCUUGGUCCUCUUACAUACUUCUUGGGGUUGGAAGUUCAUACUGAUCCAUCUGGCAUUUUUUUGAAUAAGCAUAAAUAUACUUAGGAUCUGAUUACUUUGGCUGGUCUUCAAGAUACUUCUUAUGUGGAUACUCCUUUGGAAGUAAACAUGAAAUAUUGUCGGGACGAGGGUGAUCUCCUCUUCGAUCCUACUCUAUAUCGACAAUUAGUGGGGAGCCUGAACUAUUUGACUAUUACUCGGCCUGAUAUUUCAUUUGUUGUCCAGCAGGUUAGUCAAUUCAUGCAAGCUCCCCGUCAUCUACAUUUUGCUGUUGUUCGUCGUAUUAUUCGAUAUCUUUGUGGCUGUCCUAGUUGUGGCCUGUUCUUUCCUACUGGGACUUCUCUUCAUCUUGUGGCUUACAGUGAUGCUGAUUGGGCAGGAUGUCCUGAUACGCGACACUCUAUUACAGUCUAGUGCAUGUUUCUUGGUGACUCAUUGAUCUCUUGGAAGAGUAAGAAACAGGAUCGUGUUUCCAAAUCUUCCACUAAAUCUGAAUACCGUGCGAUGUCUGUUGCUUGCUCUAAGAUUCUUUGGCUUCGUGGUCUCCUCGCUGAGCUUGGUUGCGCUCAGUCUGAUCCUACUCCUCUCCAUGCUGACAACAGUAGUGCCAUUCAAAUUGCUGCCAAUCCUAUUUUUCAUGAACGCACGUAACACAUUGAGGUGGACUGUCAUUCCAUUCAGGAAGUAUUGGACACUCGUAUCAUUUCUUUUCCUCAUGUUUCUACUGACCUCCAGAUCACUGAUGUGUUUACUAAGGCCAUGACACGACAACGUCAUCAAUUUCUUGUGGAUAAAUUGAUGCUUCUUGACCGAACAACAUCAAUUUGAGAGGGGAUGACAGCAUGAUACAUCUCCACUUGCCUUAUUUAUCUUUUAUGAGUUGUCUAUAUAUACUUCCUUAUUUAGAUAGCAGACAUUCCAUACUUAGACAGAUUCUGUACAUAGUCAUAGUUUCCUUUCUAGUAAAUAGAUUUAAUUCCUGUAAUUUAGCCUUGAUUUCAGCCUUGUAUCUUGCACACUUGUGCCUAUAUAAUGAAAGGAAAUCCUCACUAAGGAGGUAUUGAAUCCACUA